AUGAUAUGUCAGCAAGGUCUCUUUGCCCAGCUUACAAUUGUGAAUGUAAUUCAUGUCACAAGCUCCACCACUGGGAAAGAUAUUGUUAAGGGCGAAACCCAAGCCAUAGUGAAUCUGCAAAUUGACUCUGGUCAAGUCACGCAACAACUGCCAUGCAAGAUAGACACGGGUGCUGAGGGAAACAUCCUCCCCAUUGGAUCAUACACACAGCUACACCCAGACACACCCCGAGACCAGGACGGUCGACCCCAAGAAGGUCCUAUCAUACUAGGUCUACCGACAUGCAGUGACAUAAAGCUAGUUACUCUAAACCAAGCUAAACCAGCCUCAGCGGCAACAGCUCCAGCAUCUAUUGAUCACCCAACAGAUAAGUCUUCACUUCUCAUCCACCCCCCGAGGAGGGUCCCUGAAGCUCUUCAACAACCCCAGAAAAAAGAGCUUGACAGUCUUGAAGCACAAGGUAUAAUUGCCAAGGUCACUGAACCAACAGAAUGGGUGAACUCUCUUGUUUGCGUCACAAAACCCAAUGGAACUCUUAGGCUCUGCUUAGACCCUAAGAACUUAAACAAGGCCAUUAAGCGCCCCCACCAUCACACCCCUACCAUUGACGAGGUCCUGUCUAAGCUUAAUGGAGCGCAAUACUUCUCUAUUGUGGAUGUUCGUAGUGGUUAUUGGAACAUUAAGCUUGACCUUGAGAGCUCCCUGUGUACCACAUUCAACUCACCACAUGGCAGAUACCGUUUCUGUCGACUCCCAUUUGGUUUAAUUUGUGCUCAGGAUGUCUUUCAGCGCAAGGUUGACGAGACCUUCGGCGACCUCCCUGGCGUGACUGGAAUCGCAGACGACAUCAUCAUCUAUGGUAAAACUCGUGCCGAGCACGAUAGUAAUCUGAAGGCUGUCAUGCAGCGUGCUCAUGAAACUGGUAUACGGUUUAACCCUGACAAGUGCAAAAUCGCUUGCACUGAGCUGUCAUUCUUCGGACAUGUCAUCAGCUCCUCUGGCCUCAAAGUCGACCCAAAGAAGAUUGAAGCCAUCAUCAACAUGGACCCCUCUACGAGCCUGUCAGAUCUGCAGACCUUCCUAGGAAUGGUGCAGUUCCUCAGUCGCUUCAUUCCUAACCUUUCCUCUGUUUCAGCAGUGCUCUGGGAUCUCACCAAGAGCAGCAGCUCCCUCCAGUACUUCGACGGUCGUAAGCCUGUAACCAUACAGGUAGACGCGUCCUCUCGAGGCCUAGGUGCUACUCUUCUCCAGGAAAAAGGCCCAGUGGAGUACCGGAGCAAGCUCUUGACUGAGACUGAACAGCGCUACUCAAACAUCGAGAGAGAAAUGCUAGCCGUUGUGCAUGGCCUCGAGAAAUUAAACUACUAUGUAUAUGGCAGGCAUGUCACAGUCCAGUCUGACCACAAGCCACUAGAGGCAAUCUUUAAGAAACAUAUCUCUAGUGCACCAUCCCGCAUCGCACGAAUGAUGCUCCGCAUUCAGAAAUAUGAUGUAAACAUCAAGUACAUCCCUGGGAAGGAGAUACCAUUGGCCGACGCGCUUUCACGACUGAAUCCUUGUCCUGCCGACACCAUUCCCGACCUCGAUGUCUCAGUACAUGUGCUCCAUUUGCUUCUGAACGCACGUCCCACUAGAGUGCGACAAAUCCAGGCAGAGACCGCGAAGGAUCCAGCCCUAACCUCACUCCGAUCGAUCGUCAGCAAUGGUUGGCCUGAGAAGAGAUCAGAGUGUCCGCCCCACCUUCACGGCUAUUGGAACUAUCGUGAUGAGAUCACAGUCUCCGAUGGUCUGAUCCUCAAGGGCACCCGCAUCAUUAUUCCAAAGACCCUACAGGCUGACGUCCUCAAGCAACUCCACUACGCACACCAAGGUUCUGAAAAAUGCAAGCUACGCGCAAAGGGCUCCGUCUUCUGGAAAAACAUCAACAUGGACAUCGAAGACAUGGUGAAGAGUUGCGCCCCUUGUCAGAGAAACGCAAGGAUGAACACCAAAGAGCCAUUGACACCGCACGACGUGCCGUCCAAGCCGUGGCUCACCCUUGGCUCGGAUUUGUUCUUCUGGAACAACGCAUGGUACUUGCUCGUCGCAGAUUACUACAGCAAGUUUCCAUUGGUCCGCAAACUAAACGAUGUUAGGUCUGAGACCGUCAUCAAGCACAUGAAGUCUAUCUUUGAAGAGAACGGAAUCCCCGAGAAGCUGAUCACCGGACACAACACGCAGUACGCUUCAUCGAUAUUUGGCGACUUCAGCAAAACAUAUGGAUUUGAACACACGUCCACAAGUCCAUACCACUCCCAAGCUAAUGGUUUCAUCGAAAGGAACGUGCAAACCGUCAAGAAUGUGCUUCAGAAUUGCAAGGAGUCAAAUUCUGAUCCACACCUAGCCAUGCUGUGCCUCCGCACCACACCGAUCGACCAUAAUCUGCCCUCACCUGCAGAACUCCUGAAUGGCCGAGUCUAUCAGUCUAGCCUACCUGGAGUUUCCAGAACAGCUAGGCUGGACUCAAGAUCAUCGAAGGAACUUCCACCACUUCCACCCGGUAGUAAUGUGUCAGUAUUCAACCCACACAACAAGAAGUGGGAACCCGGCACGGUACGCAGUCAGAGGUCAGCUCCCAAGUCUUAUACUGUUGAGUUGUCAACAGGUAGUAGGUUCACACGGGAUCGGAAACACCUACGGCCAUCAGCGGUACCUGCUGAGAAGCCUACCGAUCAUCCAGAUAUUCCUGUUGAUGGUGAUACAGCACAGUCAACAUCCAGUGAUGGUCCGAGCCUCGCAGCAGAAAAGGCUACAGUAGAGCCUCCCAUCAUCGCAAGCCCCCAGCCUUUGCGUCGCUCAGCCCGAAACAUCAAGCCGCCUGACAGACUGAGCUUGUAG